AUGCCGGCGUACACCAAAAACACACACCUACACACACAGGUCAUCCCCUCUCCUCCAACCACCCACCGGCUCAUCACCUACCGCCUCCCCAGUCAUCGAACACAACGAAUGCCGGCGAUCCUCACUGCGACAAACUCCUCGCCAACGCCGCCCACGACGGCCAAAUUGACUGUCAAACUCCUCGUCGACGUCGGCCCUCCAUUCUCCGCUAGCAAGAAACUCCCGCCGGCGCUGCCCACGACGGCCAAAUCCUUGUCAUCCACCGUUCUCACCCCCUUGGAUUCGCCGAACACGAUCAUCGACAACCAUAAAUUCGGUGAUUUUAUCCAAACCGGCAACCAGCCACGAUUCCACAGAGAACCUUACGAACAUUUUAUCUAG